AUGCCACCAACCAGCUUGGGGGAAUGUGUGAUAGUUCAGAGUGGUAAUGUGUGGAUCAAUCCUAUGAUUUGUAUGGAAAAAAUAUUAGACAUGGGGAUUAGGGACACAUGACUGUAUACUGCCAUAAGUGUUAUAGAAGACAAGUAAAAGGGAUGCAGCUUCUACAGUAAAGAAUUAUUGAGUUAGGAUCUGGGCCUCCACUCAAACUUUUUUUUUGCAUAUACUGCUUGUCAGAGUGGCCACCCAUCCUCCUGACUCCCUGCCAUUACGUAGGGAAUGGGAUCACUUGACGAUAAAGCUUCAUCAUGGGAAGGGUAUGACAGUUUCCAAGGCUUUCAUGAUAGAGGAGAAUUUAAAUAUAAUUUUUUUUUAAAAGGGGGUUCAGCAAUUGACUGAUUUAAUGAUAUGUAUGGAUGUUAUUGCUGCUUCUCAGGAACAAACAGGCUGUUGGGGAAACUUGUUAUUAUUCCACUCAUUCAGUCUGUCCAUGCACUAGCAUGUUUUACUUCUUUGUUUUUCGUCCUUAUUUUCCCUUGUGGGAUUGGACGGGUUGGUGAAAAUGUCAUCGUUCAUCUUGAUUUGGAAUGAGACACUUUUUACCUAGGAUGCCCUUCUUGUAGGCAACCCCAGUUUUCGGGUCAGGGACUAGGUGGAUUGCCUACCAUGGCUACGAGCCUCACCCACCCGCGUUGGAUUGGUGAAGUGGCAGGGUGUGUCCAACGUCAGUGGGCCAUGCACUCAACAAUUCUGUAGUCUGUUGUAUACCAUAAAAAAAUUGAUACCUUGGAGAGCCUCCUUUGUUUAGGUAUAGUAUAUACUGUAUUUCCCAUCUUUUAAUUUCAUCACUCAAUACCUUUAGCUAUUCCUGUUCAUGUCACAAGUCAUUAAUCCUAUUGAACAAGUUCAUUGCCAGCAGACAAAAAAUGUCUCAUGCCUAUAGUGCUACUAGGCUCUCAUAUUGGGCCUUUUGGACAAUGCUAUCUCGAUAGUGGCACAGGUGAAUUUUAUUUUAAGUGGUUGCCAUGAUGUUGGAAUUUUACUUGGCCCAUACUGCCCUGCGGUGCUCCUGUUGUCCAAAGUCGCUGAAGUUAGGGUUGAUUGAAGAUCUGGGCAGCAUAUGGGUAAUUUUCUGCCACUUGGCGAUGGUUGAAAACUGUCUGCGUGUUGUGGUGGGACUCAAACCUAGGACCUCGGUAUUACCACCACCUUCUUACACUGGCCACCCACCACGGCCUGCCAGUGUUGUAGUGACCCUCCUGAUGUGGGUUCCUAAAAGCCCACUUGACUAGGAAGGUACCACUUUAUCAGAAUGGUAGAGGAAUGGCUUCCUGUCUGGCUGUUCGCAGGUUCAAUCCCUGGCAUUGGAAAUGUUUGUUUUCCCUUCUCCCAAUCUGGAUCUAUUUCUCAUGUGUUUGAUAUUCAGAUGUCUUGUGGAUGCUGGGGAAGUGGAACUCUGGGUAUUACAGCGUGACAUCUGGGUUACCAAAGGUUGUUACAGUAUUAUAUAGCCAAGUAAUUAAGUAAGACUAACUGGGAAGUACACUAUAAGGGUUAUAUAUGCUGGAGAAAAGGGAGUGUCUAGUUUGUAACAAGUUUAUUGUCAUUUAGGCAGUAAUUGAUUGGGACAGGCAGGUGGUAUAUGACAUAGACACUAGAUUUAGUUCCUUAUAUCACUGUUCUCAAUAGAAAAUAAAAAUCAAUUCAUAAAUCUCAAGAGAUGAUAGCUACACUCAGGCUUCACAUCAGAAAAAAAAAAAUAACUAGGACACAGGUCAAAUGACCAUGUAUAUAUGGUGUACAACUGACUACAGAGUCUAAUUACUUUACUGGAUCUUUACAUAAUUGUUUAGAUUAGGAUGGGGACGGACACUACUACUAGACAAAAGAAUGUGUGUGACUGAGUGAAGUGUGUCAUAUGGGGUACAGCUGAAGAUGCAAGGCUACACUCAAUGAUGAGGCAUUGGCAGACACUUCUUGACAUGGUCUGACAGGGAGAGAUGUUGGAGUGAAUGAGUUAUGAGUCAGUACUAGUUUGAGAAUGAAAUUGAUCUCCACAAUUAAUUUAAAAACAAACCAGGUAGGCAGAGAACACUUGCUCUGUAUUUGACAGGGAUGGAUUUGAAUGAGUCAUAAGUACUGUUUUCUCAUUGGGGUGGAAGGAAGGAAUGCUAGCUACUGAAGGGCUCUGGAUGGUUUGGUUAGGGAAAUAGCAUGCAAGGUAUUUAUGUUUUGUGUAGAAAGAAAGAUGCAUAAUUUAUUUUUGUUGAUAAAUAAAAGGUAUUUGACAGAUUGUGCAGAGGUGGGAUGAAGUAGGCAAUGAAGAAUCAUGGAAGUGAGGAGUGACAUGCUACAGUAGGUGUGGCAAGGUGUAGGACUCGACUACCCAGAGCCUUUUUUACUACGGCACUGUGGACGCUAAUAGAGACCACCACGGACGGCGUCAAGCAAAACUACCCUUGGCACUUCAUCACCACUCCACGCUUCCCUCGCCUUCUGAGCCCUUCCAUGGUGCCCUACACACUCCGGAGGCUGUGAUGGGUUGGCGAAAGGAAUCUGAGUGGACUUGAAGCUGAAUGGAACGGGCACGGCAUGUACUCCAGCUUCUAGUAGCCUCCGUGCAGAGCAACCACCGGAUGCGUGAAGCCGCGCGGUGCCUCGAUAUCACCACUGCUAUGCUGGCGAGGAACGGAAGUUCAAGCAGCAACACCACACCACAACACAUCCCCCAGGACGCUGUGUCGACUCUCAGCCCGCCGAGGCGCGUGUACGGAUCGACAGUGAGAGGAUAAGGACGCCCCCUCAUCCUCAUCAUCCAACCUCACCCUCCAGCCUCACCUUCGCUCUCAUCCUCCAGUCUCAGCCACAGCCACAGACCACCCAGCGCUCCCUCUCCACACCUCUCCCACUCCACUCAGGCCCUCGCGUCCACCUGUACACGGAACUCAAGAUGGAGGCAGCGUCGCGGCGGCGAGCGGUGGAGACGGCCCUGCUGGUGGCCGCUCUGAUGUGCUGCCCUGGGCUGGCGGCGCCCUCGGAGGCCGACGACUCGGUAUUACCUCAAACGUUGCCGUUCGCUCUCUUCCUGUUGCCGCCGCCCCCCGCCCAGCACGUCGAGCCCCUCCACAAGCGGCAGGCCGUGUAUGAGGCGACCGUGGACGAAGAAAAGCGCCCUCAGCUUGAACUCAUGGACACCACUCCUAAAGGUCCAGAGGAAACACAACAGGUGAAGGCGACCCAGCCACAGGAUACCAGCUCGACCACUCGCCUGAGGCCCUUAUUGGUGGCACGCUUCUACCCCGAACUCCAGCCAGGCUACGGCCACGAUGACUCUCUGGGCGCGAAGGACUCCUACGCCUCGGUGCCCGCUCCAGACGACUCUACGAACCUCACUGGCGAUGAGCAGAUCCCAGACGCCCUCUACGCCCCAAAUCCUCCUUCCUCCCUUGGCUCCACACACCAGCAGCAGCCGUCCAUCUUACGCCCUCGCCAAAAGAAAUCUUCGACUAAUCUCAAGAAACUUCUAAGCAAACCCAAGAAGAUGAUGGAGGUGAUGACGGCCACGGAGGAAGGCGAGAUGAUCCCCGAGGCUGUCCCCGGCGUGAUGCUGCCCACCGACGACGGCACAGAGGAGGCUUUCGUGCCCGCCGACCUGCUGGAGUACGCCGAUACCCUCCUGACCUCCAGCUCCACGCUCAACCCCACGGUGGUGCUGCCAACCCACGGAGAAGCACCGAUGAAAGGGAUGCCGUACAACUUCGCCUUCAUCGUGGACGAUGAAGCCACAAGCAACUACCAGACGCGCCAAGAAACCGGCGAUAUACACGGAGUUGUCACUGGCUGCUUCCAGGUUCUGGACCCCAACGGCUUGGUGAGGACCACAACGUACCGCGCAGACGACUCCGGCUUCCACAUCAUCUCCCUCACCCGCAGCCCCGACAAGACGCCCUGCCCCGGUCUUGAUGACGCCACCCGCUCCCCCGUGCCCCUCCCCGCCCCCACCGAGCGCCCCUCACCCGCCUCCUACGGCCAGAAUAAUAAUGGCGCCUUCGCAAAUGACUUUAACUCCUUUGGUAGAUUUAACUCUGCCUCCUCCUCCUCCUCCUCCGCCUCUUCCUCUUCUUCCCAGGAAAGCAGCUCAAGUAGCUCCAGCCAGUACAGCGGCAGCAGCAGCUUCAACGUCAAGAACGGCCUCGCGGACCAGGCGGCCGUCUCGCACGCCUCGGGGAGGAAUGUGUUGUCUCAGGAGCAGCGGAUGGCCCAAUACCUUCAGGAAAUCACCAAGAACCUCUACAACUCCUACAGCAACUCUUCGAGCACUUCCGAGAACCACAACUCAAACAGCGCCUACAACAGCUACAACGAAAAUUUGAUCAACUUCCCAUUUGUACUCAUUCCCAUCAAGACGUUCCUGGACUUGCAGAAUUCCGGAGCCAUCGCUGAUGACGUCCAGAGCUAUGGAGCCUUCGUGCAGCCGCAGCCUUACCAGGUGAAUGGCCAGCGGCAGCAGCAGCAGCAACGACAACAGAAACAAUACUCCGCGAGCAAGACGACGAAACAAGCUUCCUCCAACGCUUACAACUCAGCCCAGAGCAGCAGUCAGCAAGCAGGGUACCGCGGACAGGGCAUCAACAGCGGUGCCCAACAGGGUUACGGACAGCAGGGAAGCCUUGCGUAUGGCCAGCAGCAACAGUACCAGAAGCAGCAGUCUUCCCAGUCCUCCAAAAAGAGUAGUAGCAGUAGCAGCAGCAGUCAGCAGGCAGCAUAUGCUAGCCAAGGCUUAAAUGCCGGCUACCAACCGGCGUCUGGUCAUGGACAACAGGCAGGUCAAGCGUACGGUCAACAGCAACAGUACCAAAGUCACCAGUCUCAGGCUUCUCAGGAGAGUAGCAGCAAGAGCAGUAGCAGCAGCAGCCAGCAGUCAGCAUACCUUAACCAAGGGACAAAUUCUGGUUACCAGCAGGCGGCGGGUCAUGGGCAGCAGGGAAAUCGAGGACUAGGUCUCCAGCAGCAAUACCAAAGUCAACAAUCCUCACAAUCUGCUAAAAAAAGCAGCAGCAGCAGCAGCAACAGUGCUAGUAGCAGUUUUUCUGCAUUCGGGAACCAGCAAGGAUAUGGAGGCCGACUUCCAUACCAAGGUAGUGGAACAACCCGUCCAGCCCCCACCUACGGCACGCCCACAGCAACUCGUCCAGCCCCCACCUACGGCACGCCCACAGCAACCCGUCCAGCCCCCACCUACGGCACGCCCACAGCAACCCGUCCAGCCCCCACCUACGGCACGCACACAUCAACCCGUCCAGCCCCCACCUACGGCACCCCCACAGCAACUCGUCCAGUCCCCACCUACGGCACGCCCAAAGCAACCCGUCCUACCCCCACCUAUGGCACGCCCACCCUUCCUGGCUACGUCCCGCCGUCAGUUGCUACCCCGGCCAGGACAAGUCCACCAAAGCCCACCAUCCCUACAUCUUAUCGGCCGCAGCCUCAACGUCCCGUCACCCGUCCGGCUUUCAACCAUAAUAAUGGUGGCCUAGGUGGAUCUAGGUACUUCUCACAGAACUCCCAGUCAUCACAGAAGGCCUCUCAAUCAUCCGAGCAGCAGCAGCAGCAGCAGGCUUAUAGCGGUGUUAAUUACAACAACGGCGGUCUGGCCGCUCAGAGCUACCAUGCCUCUUCGGCGAAGAGCGCCAGUGAAGACAAAAGCUCCAAGUCAUCAUCGUCGUCCUCCCAGUAUGUAGGAAAUUCUGGUCACCAAGGGGGUGGGGGUGCCAGCCUCCAGGCCUCAAACUUUAAGUCCGCGUCCUCCGCUUCAUCUUCUUCCUCAUCGUCCUCAGAGAAGUCUUCGAGUAGUUUUAUCGGGGCCUCAGGGUUCGGGUUCGGCGGUCAGAACCUCAACGCUCCUAGCUUCCCGCAGCUGGCCUCCUACGAGCCCCAGUCAGCCCAUUCGACUCUUUCCUCCACCGUUCUGCCGGCAUCACCCUCGCCAGCUCCUCAACAGUACAAUGCCAUCGCCCCGCCGGCCAUCAAAGUUCCAGCCUCCAGUGGUCACCAAAACACACUCCCACAGCCCAACCUGAUUAACGUGGCAGCAUCUUAUCACGCGGAACCAGAACCCGUCUUUCCGGACUAUUCUCUCUUCUCCCCGCCAGCGGCUGAACCCACCUACGGCAUGGAAGGCUGGACCCCUAUCACCAAUGACUACCAGGCGCCCCCCUCACCGCCUCAGGUGUACGGCGGCGUCUCGGGCCACAAUAACAAUGCCAACACCUACAACGGAAACAACAACAACUACAACAACUUUAACCAGAAUAACAAUGCGGCAAGCUUCGCGUACUCCUCAGACCAAAGUUCCUCGCAUCAAAGCAGCUCUUCCCAGCAGAGUCACCAGCAGAGCAGCGCUGUGUAUGCCGCCGGCCAGGGCCACCUGUAAAUCCAUCUCCACCCGCGAUGGAUGUCACGCGCACCAUCACAACCACUGAAAAAAUGAUGAUCAAAAGGUGAAUUUCAAUCUGGUAGCGGCACACCUUACCCUCCCCAAGCUGGCAGGACAUCCUCUGGCUGCCUGCAACACAGGACGAUAUCAAGGACUAAACACUGCACUUCCUGCCUCUUUGCAGAUCUUCUGUGUGAAAUAAAGUUUCUGCACCGUAAUUUGUUACAUGUCGCUUUUUGCCUGUUAUGUGUUAAGGAUAAGGGGACUCCUGCAGUCUCCCUCAUCACCCGCACCCCACGCUAGCUGUAGCAUUAGAGGUCAUGAUUAUCACACUUCACCAUGUUUUCGUACUUGUAUACCUCUGUAUAUACACCGUCACCUUUCUCUCGUUUCUCCAUGUUCUGCGCCUCCAUUGGCUGGGGUGCAGGUCUCCUCGCGGAUCCGUCUGCUCGUAUCCUAGUCAUGUACUCCCCUCUGAAGAAAACUAAAAGCCUCUGCAGGGUGAUAAGAUAAAACAGAGUACGUCAGCUGUACAGACUUUUCCCUUGUUUUCCUCACGUGGGCACCGUCAUGAACCUUGCUCCGCUGUCAAACCUUGUUUUCUACACACACCUAUAUGCUUAAAUAUAUAAAAGAAUAUUUUUAUACAUAAAAGAUGACAA